AUGCGGCAUCACCAGCCCGGGUCCCAACAGCCACCACCACUCCCACCUCCCCACUACACCACCUUCACCUGGGCCAUGAGUGCGGCGGCCACCUACGCCCCUUCCCCACGACCUCCACCGCCAGCGCCCAGCGAACCCAGGGCGAUGAUGCAGAUGGGCGCCCAGCCGCCGGCUCGCACGGUCUAUCAGCGCGCCCUCAAGCCCAGCCCGUGCGUCUACUUCGUCGUGCCUGCGCUCCCCGCCGUUGAAUCCUCGCAGUUCCAACAGCUGCGACUGCUCCGCCAGACCUUGGACCAGCCCGACGUCGGCGGCGGGGUGUGGGUCGAGGCCGGCCUCGUCGACGAGCAGGGCAACCGCCUCGCUGACUCCCUCGACGGUAUCACCGCCGUCCGCCUCCAAAAGAGCGGGUGGCACGAUGGGGUGUACACGGCGACGUUCAAGAAGAUCAAGCUUCUCAUUACCUCGCAGCAGAAGGCCGGUUCCCAGUUCUGCCUGCGCUUCGCCCUCAAAUGCGCCUCGCUCGACCUCGGGCCGCUGGGCGAGAUGGCCGUACUGUCCAACCCGAUGGCCGUCUUCUCGCACACCCAGUACUUGGGCGGGUCUUCGCCCGGCUCCUCCUCCGCCUCAUCUUCAUCUUCUUCAUCAUCUUCUUCUUCGACCAUCAUCACCCGCAAGUACGCCCACAACCCGGUCGGCCUGCAGCUCAAAGUGAUGGAGAUGAUUCACGUGCGCCUGCAAGGAUUGGGCGGUUCCGAGGAGGCGCUGCACCAGUGCGUCGCCGCCGUGUUCGCCGACGGCUUCUCCGCCAGCACGAUUCCGGAAUCUCUACUGGGCCGUUCCACGGAGCCUAGCCGUAACCCAGCAACAACCUCAUCAUCUGGCGACCCCGCGCGUCCGCCGACAACGCUCUUCGACGCGGCCCACACCCCGAUCUCGUCGGUCCCAUCGUCAUUGGCCGCUCACUACGCGGCCUUUAACAACUGCACCAACGGCCAUCGCGCAUCGUCGCACUUCCAUUCGUCGGCUGACGAGGCGACAUUUCUCCCGCCGCCCGAGCCGACCACGUCGUCUCGCGGCAAGAGGCACCGCGGGCUCGACGCUGCCGCAACAACCUCCAGGCCAUCAGAUCUGGCGGCCCCGAUCCAGCCCCAGCCGCUGCUGCCGUCGCUGUCGUCAGCCUUCCACGUCGUGGGGCGCCCGACCACAGUGCCGCCGCUGCUUCCUUCGCUGCCCUCCAUCUUCCCCUCCCUCGCGUUCUCGCCACAACCGUUACCUGCUUCGUCGUCAGCAACGCCAUUGUCACCGCCGGACGUCGUUGGCGGGCCGGCAUCGCUGCGCGGCCUCCUCUCGCUGCUGGGCGAAAAGGUGGCGAGCGACAGCAACCAACGCAAGCACCCGUGGCCAGAGGGCGGCGCCAUCGACCACCGGCGACCGCCAUCGAGCGCGAAGAGACGGCGAACCAACGCUGGCGCGCGGGCGAGAGCACCCGACAGAGCACAGCGCUGA